UGGGGUGGGUGGGUGGGUGAAGUCCAAUUAUAGAUCUCUACUUUUAAAAAUAAGACUUGUUGACUUUUUGAUUCACAUGAUCCUUGCAAAAUGCGUUGAAACUGACAAUGGAACAUUUUGAGGAUUGAAACUCAAUCCCUAUUUUCUGCGAAACAAGUUUGACAACUUACAAAGGGAUCAGCAGUGAUCAAAAGACUGGGCACAGAAGAAGUUUGUUUGAGGUCUGCGAUUGAGACUACCGCUUCUUUAUGGACAAUGCAAAUAGGAUGGACUCAGGUGCAGGACUGAAGGAGACUUUCAAAUUAUGUUUCGAAGGUCAAAUUCCUAAUGUACUAUUUACUUAUCAGAAAUUGUUGGGUGAGCAAGGGAUUCUAAAAGUAGUAUUGAGAGAUGAUUCUGGAGGCAUUGUAGAAGAUGGUCCAUUAGCGUUCAUGAAAGUCAAGCUUGCUGUUCUUCGUUCAGAUCUGACUAGUGAUGGAUUAGCUAGUGAUGGAUUAAAUCAAUACAUUUUACAUCCAAGGAGUGGCAGACGGCCUCUUCUAGCUGGAAAAAGUGAAUUAUGUCUUUUUAAAGGAGUUGCUUAUAUAGAUGAUGUCGAGAUCACUGAUAACUCAUGUUGGAUUAGAUCUAACAAGUUCAGAUUAGGGGCUACAGUUGAGAAAUCCCUUUACCCAGGAGUGACUGUUAGGGGAGCAAUAAGUGAAGCUUUUACAGUUAAAGAUAGAAGUUUAGCUUAUAGUAAGAAAGAGAAUCCAGCUCUAGAUGACGAGGUAUGGCGCUUGAAGGGAAUUUCAAAAGGUGGAAAAUUACAUCUGAAGCUUAGCUCUAUAGGUAUCCUCUCUGUGGGCGAUCUUCUACAGUAUCAUAAUAAAGAAGGAAAGCUACCUCUUACUGAAAUUCUUCAUGUUUCACACUCAAAGAUAAAUAAAUUAAUUCAACAAGCAAGCAGAGCAUCAUACAUCAAGAAAACUGAUAUCUUUAUAAGUAGGGUACAAGAUGAAAUGUUUUGCCCAUUUUACAAAACGGAUUCAAGCACUCUUGUCCAAGAGUAUGAAAACGUCUUUGAUAUAGUUACGGGAACAUGCAUUAUUGAGAAAUCCGAAUGUGAUAUCCUUACUACUCUUGGGGAAAAUGAUGAAAUGUGUCGUCAACCUCAAAACCCAGAUGAACUGUGUGUUCAGUCUCAGAAGCUAUUAAAUGUUUUCAGUCCAAAUAUCUCUCAGGAGUGUUUAGACUGCUUGGUGGUAUAUUGUAGUCUCUUCCCUAAAGAUUAUGUGAUUGAUGGUGAUACCUUGAUCCAGUUAUGGAUGGCAGAGGAUCUAAUCAAAGAAGAACCUAUGGAGGAUAUUGCUGCAGCUUAUCUCAAAGCUCUCUGUGAGAACAAAAAAUGCAUAUCCUUGCUGAGUGAAGAUUGUGGUACGUGCAAGAUAUGGUACAAAAUAAAUGGAUUUGAACUUGCAGAACAAGAGCUACAAAGGUCAAAAAUCAAUCCAGUAAGAGUAAUUUCUGAAUAUGCCCGUGCAAAAGCAGAGCAUGUUCAUGUAAUUUUGCAGCGUCUAUUCUCGAAAGAUCUGAAGGUGCUUGCAUCAUUUACAAACAUGAGGUCGCUUCUGCUAUUGCAGAAUCACAAGGCUAACGUUGAGCGAAUUCCUUCUGAUUUUUUCAUAUCAUUGAGAGAUUUGCGUGCUCUUGAUCUGAGCAGGAUGAAAGUAUCAGAGAUACCAAGUUCUAUAGGUAAUGCUAAAUCUCUGCGUUAUCUUGACCUCUCUGAAACACUUAUUAAAAAGCUGCCUGAAACCAUAGAGUUCCUUGAAAAUUUGCAAACUAUGAAGCUUAUAAAUUGUCCUAGCCUAGUAUCCUUGCCGAAAUGCAUGAAGAGGCUAACAAGACUUCGUCAUCUGGAUUUCGGUAAUCAUCACCGUAUCCACUCCAUGCCAGAUGGGAUGGGGUCACUUCUAAAACUCCGCACCUUGUCAGAGUUCAUUGUUGGCGGAGAAGGAUCCGGCAUCGGAGAACUGGAGAAAAUGAAUCAUCUCAAUGGUAAAUUACGCCUCUCUAGACUUGAAAAUGUUGCUAGCUUUAAUGAGGCUCUCAAGGCUAGGCUCAAUGAUAAACAACAAUUGAAGAGCUUAGAGCUUCGAUGGACUGAUAAAGACACACGCCAAGAAAGCAUCAAUAUUAUCGAUGAUGUUGCGGACUAUCUACAGCCACACAAGAACCUCCACGACCUAAGGAUUCUUUUUUACGGAGGUUCAAAAUUUCCGUGUUGGAUUAGCAGCCACUUCUUUGUUAAACUCACAAAAAUUACUCUCUUCAAAUGUGCAAACUGUUUGUGCCUACCGUCUCUGGGACAACUUCCUUCACUUGAAUCGCUUAUCUUGAUUGAAUUGAGUAGUGUAAGGUUUAUUGCUGGACGUUUUCUCAGGGAUGAGGCAUUGGCAACAGCAGCUACCACUUCCACCGUUGCAUUUCCAAAGUUGCAGCAAUUACAGAUCAAAUCGAUGCUAAACCUAUUAUGUUGGAUUAGUGUAAAAAACGGUGAUUUCCCUCGUCUUAGAAAGCUGUCUAUCAAGGAUUGUCCAAAAUUAGCUGCUGUUUGUAGAAUCGGAAGCAUGGCUUCUCUAGAACAUUUGGAGCUAAAUAAGUGCACCAAGCUUGCAGUAUUUCGAAAGGUAGAAUGGCUUACUUCACUUAAAACAUUGAUCAUAGAGAAUUGUCCCUCUUUUAUAUUAUGUAGUUCUCUAGACGGGAAGGAUGAUUGGGUUAAAAUUCAGCAUAGUCCCAAUUCGUUGAUUUAUCAACGCAAAGAGGAGGAUGAACAGGGAGAGAUUCUAGACCCUACAAAACAGAGAGGUUCUUCUUCAAUGGCCAGUUCUGACAUGCUAGAGUUUCCCUCACAAUGAUUGAAAUUAGUAACUUGUGAUGUCCAUUUUAAGUUCCAUUAGGAUUAUUCAUUAUGUACACUUGUGUCCAUUUCUAUGAACAUACAAGAUGGAAGAGUAUGUCAUUUAAAGGAGUAGAAGUGUUUUACUAGAAAAAAUAUGUAUAUUAUUUAUGAUUUUAGUUUCUAAAUACCAAUUCUAAAUAUGUGCUCCAUAUUAUUUGUGUUGAACACGAGCAAAUUGAACAAAAUAAAAAGAGAACGUUGAGAGGUUGACGACCCAUUGAUCUCGCGUUCGACGGGUCAUCAAGCCGAUGGAAUUUUGCUUUAAAUUAAAGGAGUAGAACUGUAGAAGUAUUUUUAAGAAGACAAAUGUCGAGGGCUUGACGACUUGUUGACCUUAAUUCAGACGGGUGAUCAAGCUCCGGGUUGAUGUUCUUCGGUCUUUGCAGUUUUGUUGAAUCACUAAACAGGAAAAGUUGCUUGUUCAUUAGGGUUAUUGUAAGACACUUACA